CUGAGCGUGGAAGAGGUUGGUCGUUAUGGUCGGCAGCUCAUCCUCCCCGAGUGGGGCAGACGAGGCAAGACUUGGACGGUUUAGAGAGGAAGCAUUGCUAGCAAUGUGUGUUGGAUGUGCAGGUCAGGAGUCAGUCAAGGGAAACUCAGUCCUAAUUGUAGGCGUGGGGGGACUUGGCUGCCCCUGUGCACUCUACCUGGCAGCUGCAGGCAUUGGGAGGCUGGGGCUCCUGGACUAUGACAGAGUUGAGUUGAGUAAUCUCCAUCGUCAAGUCCUGCACUGUGAGAACAGAGUGGGUGUGGCCAAAUCUGAGUCUGGACGUGAUGCAGUGAAGGGACUGAACAGCCACAUAUCAGUCACCACUCAUACAGUCCUCCUGGACAGCAGCAACGCUCUCUCCAUCCUCUCGCAGUACGACAUCAUCGUGGACGCCACUGAUAAUGUUGCCACCAGAUACCUCCUGAACGAUGGCUGUGUGUUGCUAGGGAAACCACUCGUCUCGGGGAGUGCUCUGAGAUUCGAAGGUCAACUGACGGUGUACGGUUGGAGAGGAGGUCCCUGCUAUCGCUGCCUCUUCCCCUCUCCCCCUCCUCCUGCCUCCGUCACUAACUGCUCGGAGGGUGGAGUCCUUGGUGUGGUUCCAGGGGUCAUAGGGUCACUGCAAGCUCUUGAGGCCCUCAAAAUUGCCUCUGGAAUGGAACCGCUGUACUCGCAGCAGCUCCUCCUGUUUGAUGCUCUUGGUGGAGGGUUUCGGACAAUUAGACUCCGCCCACGUCAACCCCAGUGUGCCGUGUGCGGGGAAAACCCUUCAAUUACUGCUCUAAUUGACUAUGAACUAUUCUGUGGAUCCAGAGCAGAUGACAAGGUAUUUUUAGGAAUGAAGUAAUAAUGAUGUCAUUGAUGUAGUAUUAUAGGAUAAGAGGGUAGAUAUUUUGGACCCCGAACUACGAGUGAGUCCACAGGUGAGGGGUCGAAGGUGAGCAGGGUGUGUGGUCAGGGGUGUGGUCACUGCAGGAGUACAGCGAGGUGGUCAGUGGAGGAAAGCCACACCUCCUGUUGGAUGUGAGAGAGGAGGUGGAGUACCAGAUAUGCCACCUACCCCACUCCAGGAACAUUCCUCUGUGCCACCUCCAAAAUGGCUCCCUGGAUGCCACCUGGGAGUGGAUACUGGAAACCACACCCACAGCUAAUGACCCCACCUAUUCCGUGUUUGUAGUCUGUCGUCGUGGCAACGAUUCCCAACUUGCCGUUAAGUUGCUCUGUGAACAUGGAAAGGCCAAAGGUCGCGGAGAAGAAGUGGUAAUCCGAGAUAUCAUAGGAGGACUGGUAGCUUGGAGUGAGACUGUUGACCCUCUCUUUCCUAAGUAUUGAUCAUUCGUUGUUCAUCUUUAAACAACCUUCAUCUCUAUAUACCUGUAUAAUGAGCAACUUCUAACGCACU